CAUGGACAUUGCACGCCUCCUUGCACCGCUCGACCGCGGCAUCGACGACUUCGAUGAUGACAACACCACCACGCACGCUGAUCUCCGCAACGGCGCUUGGUCGUGGGUCGAGGAGCGCUACACGAUGGCGCUCAUUGAAGCCUUCCUCCUCGGCGCCUUUCCAAGCCUACUGCCGGGCACGACGCUGCGGGGCUUCCUCGCGUCGCACCUACAGUGUGUCCCGAUGCGCGUCUCCAAGAAGCUGGCCUCGGGCACGCUUGCCGGCAAAACCGUCGUCAAGAAGCUCGGCAAGUCGCGCUACGCUCACAACAACACGCUUGAUAGCGUCCAUGUGCUCCACAAGCUGCGCUUGCUCCAGCGCGCGUUCGACCAAGCGCACAAGCGCGAGGCACGGAAUCCCUCGGGUCGACAACUCUCGCCUCGUCGCCCGACGUCGCCCACGUCGCCGAGUCGCAUCGGCCACUGGCCGCUCAAAGAAGAAAUGUACUUGCAGAAGCUCAUUAGCUGCUUCUUGAACGGAUACCUCGAUUUGGUGCCGGGCACAACGCUGCGGGCCUACGUGGCGGGCCAGCUCGACUGCAGCCCGAUGCGCGUCUCCAAGAAACUGGGGUCGGGCAUGCUUCUGGGACGGUAUGUGCCGCGGCGUCUCGGCUCGACAGCGUACAUGCCGAACCGGUACCCGAUGGCGACGUUCGCGUACUUGGCGCAAGAGGCCCAGGCGCAGUUGGCGACGCUGCGCAAGCAGAGUUUUGCGUGUCUUCAUUGAGGUGCCGACAAAUUGUGUGUAGUGUAUCGUAGCAACAGGUGGUAGAUUGUAUCACACGGGUAAUUGUGUCGUUG